CUGAGAGAGAAAGAGAGAGAGAGAGAGAGAGAGAGAGAGAGGAUGAGGCGUGGUUACAGCAGCAGCAACGGUGUGCUGGUGUGGCUAGUGCUUUGGUGGUCAUGCAGUGCAGCACCUCGGGUUCAGGCUCAGCAAGCAGCAAGAACUGAUCCAAUCGAAGUGGCGGCGCUGAACACAAUCCUGGGGAGAUGGGGCAAGAACGCGUCGCGGUGGCCGGCGUGGAACAUCAGCGGCGAGCCCUGCAGCGGCGCCGCCGUCGACAACACCGAGAUCGACGGCAACAACUACUUCAACCCGAGCAUCAAGUGCGACUGCUCCUUCAACAACAACACCGUCUGCCACAUCACCAAGCUGAAGGUAUACGCGUUGAACGUUGUCGGUCAGAUACCUUCAGAACUGCAGAACCUCACCUACCUAAUUUACCUGAACCUGGAUCAAAAUUACUUGACAGGUCCCAUUCCAUCAUUCAUUGGGCAAUUUACUGCAAUGCAACACUUGAGCCUGGGGUUCAAUCCACUCUCUGGACCACUUCCAAAGGAACUUGGGAAUCUCAUGAAUCUCAACUUGCUAUGGUGUUUCAUAUGUUCGAGUGAGAUCCAAAUGGUGAAUAUUGGAGGCAUUAGUCUGGACAAUUUUAGUGGUGAACUUCCUGAAGAACUUGGAAACCUGUCCAAACUUGAGCACUUGUACAUUGAUAGUUCUGGCUUCAGCGGUCCAUUCCCUUCGACGUUCUCAAAGCUUAAGAAGCUGAAGACCCUGCGGGCAUCGGAUAAUGAUUUCACAGGGAAAAUACCUGAUUAUUUUGGGAGUUUGACUGAUUUGGAAGAUCUGGCCUUCCAAGGAAAUUCUUUUGAAGGCCCGAUCCCAGAAAGUUUGUCUAAUCUAACCAAGUUAACAAACUUAUGGAUCGGUGAUAUUGUAGAUGGGAGCUCUUCAUUGGCCUUCAUCAGUAAUCUGACAUCUUUGAGUAUACUGAUAUUAAGGAACUGCAAGGUAUCUGGUAAUCUUGGAACAGCAGAUUUUUCUAAGCUUGCAGGAUUAAUCUUGCUGGACUUGAGUUUUAAUAAUAUCACAGGCCAAGUACCUCAAUCAAUCCUGACUCUGGACAACCUUGAAUUCCUGUUUCUCGGGAACAAUAGCCUAACAGGAAGGCUGCCAGAUGUGAAAAGCGCUUCAUUAAAAAAAUUAGAUUUUUCAUACAACCAGCUCACUGGAAGCUUUCCUUCUUGGGCUACUGAGAACAAUUUGCAACUGAAUCUGGUGGCAAACAACUUCUCUCUUGGUAGCGCCAACAACAGUAUUCUACCUUCAGGACUAAACUGCCUCCAGCAGGACACUCCUUGUUUCCUUGGUUCUCCACGAUAUUAUUCCUUUGCGGUAGACUGCGGCAGUAAUAGAUCUAUGACAGGGUCAGAUAAUACUCUGUACGAUGUAGAUCCUACAGACCUUGGGGCGGCAUCAUAUUAUGUUACCGGUGAAACAAGAUGGGGUGUCAGCAAUGUAGGAAAAUUCAACCAGGCCCCAAAUGGAAGUAACAUACUAAUAUACUCGUACAGCUCCAAGCAGCAGUUUCAGAAUGCAGCGGAUUCAGAACUGUUCCAAACUGCAAGGAUGUCACCGUCAUCGCUGAGAUACUAUGGCCUUGGACUUGAGAAUGGAAAUUACACUGUUGUGCUUCAGUUUGCAGAAACUGCUUAUCCCGACACGCAGACUUGGCAAAGCUUAGGAAGGAGAGUUUUUGACAUAUAUGUCCAGGGUUCUCUGAAAGAAAAGAACUUCAAUAUAAGGAAGACGGCUGGUGGAAAUUCUUUUACUGCAGUUAAGAAGAGUUACACGGCAACUGUGUCCAAAAACUUCCUUGAGAUCCAUCUCUUCUGGGCUGGCAAGGGCACUUGUUGCAUUCCUACUCAAGGUUACUAUGGGCCGAUGAUCUCAGCAUUAAGCGUCACUCCAAAUUUUACUCCAACCGUGCGAAAUGGUGUUCCAAAAAAGAAAAGCAAAGCUGGUGCAAUUUCUGGAAUUGUGAUUGGUGCAUCAGUUUUAGGAUUAACAGCCUUAUUUAUGAUAUUUAUGUUCACAAAAAAGAGAAGAAGACGGGCACGACAGCAACAAGAUUUGUAUGACCUAAUUGGACGGCCUGAUGUCUUUGGUUACGCUGAACUCAAAUUAGCUACAGACAAUUUCAGCUCUCAAAACAUUCUUGGAGAAGGCGGAUACGGGCCUGUCUAUAAGGGUAAGCUAACUGAUGGAAGAGUGAUAGCUGUGAAGCAACUUUCUCAAUCAUCUCAUCAGGGGAAAAGCCAGUUCGUGGCAGAGGUGGCAGCAAUUUCAGCCGUGCAACACAGGAACCUUGUGAAACUGCAUGGAUGCUGCAUUGACGGUAACACACAUUUGUUGGUUUAUGAGUACCUUGAAAAUGGAAGCCUAGAUCGAGCUCUCUUCGGACAUAGUAGCUUGAAACUAGACUGGCCAACACGCUUUGAGAUCAUUUUAGGCAUUGCCAGAGGCCUAACUUAUCUUCAUGAGGAGUCCAGCACUCGCAUCGUGCAUAGGGACAUCAAAGCCAGCAAUAUCCUACUUGACGCCGAUCUCACCCCCAAGGUCUCUGACUUUGGACUCGCUAAGCUCUACGAUGAGAAGAAAUCCCAUGUCAGCACGACGAAAAUUGCUGGCACAUUUGGCUAUCUGGCUCCUGAGUAUGCAAUGUUAGGCCAUCUGACUGAAAAGGCCGACGUUUUCGCAUUCGGGGUGGUCACCCUGGAGGCAGUCUCUGGUCGAUCCAACACUGACAACUCCCUCGAAGAAAGCAAGAUCUAUCUUUUUGAGUGGGCCUGGGGCCUAUAUGAAAGGGAGCAACCACUCGGAAUCGUGGACCCGAGACUUGAGGAAUUCAACGCCGAGGAAGCCUUCAGAGUCAUCCGUGUCGCACUCCUCUGCAUGCAGGGCUCACCGCACCAGCGACCGUCGAUGUCGAGGGUCGUGGCAAUGCUUACCGGAAAAGCUGAGGUGGCUGACGUGGUGGCGAAGCCAAGCUACAUCACUGAAUGGCAGCUGGGCGGGAACAGUAGCUGCACCACGAGCAGCAACUGGGGGUCUACCACCGCUGAGUUCAGGAGGCAGAAAGAGAUCGACCCUCUCACCCAAUCACCAACGAUCAUCGGAGCAAGUCACGAGGGAAGGUGAAAACAGAGAUGAUCACUACUGCAGGUGAUCGGUUUGAAGUGAACAUUUUGGACACUAUUCGUACUUACGUAAUGUUAAUGUGAGUUGGAGCAAACAUACGGAAUUUCUCGUUCUGAAUUGUGUCAGGUCGAAAAAGUAUUACUCCUUGUAUUUUGUAAAUGGUGGACAGUUGUAUGCUAUGCAUUUAG